ACCAACAGUCAACAAUGUCAUUAUUCCAAACAAUGAGAGCAAACAAGGACGACAUUGUUGUGAUAUCGAAUCGCGUGUCGGCUCUUUUGUAGAUUAAGGCCAGCACAUGUGUGUAUUUUCGUAAAACAAGUCCCAAUUUACCAGUUUGAGGUCUUCAUCGGGCUCUAAUUGACUCCGAAUGACACAGCAGCCACAUGCUGGCCCUCUAAUGUAAAUCACCGUGUUCAUAGAGCGGACUCUAAUUGCUGGACGAGAUGUGGCGCCAGGAUAAUGAAAGCUGAGACUCAUUACGAGGAAAUCGCAGAGGGUAAUUAACUCCCUUAUUUGGAUACGUUAUCGCAGACUUUGACUCUAAUCCGACAGAGUGACAGUCAUUGCGUUCCGGUGGUGGAAGAUGGAGCUCAACAACCAAAAAUUAUUCCUGAUGCGUUCGUACGAUUGGCCCAAACCUAAGAAGCUUUCACCCUCGGGCCUGGAGCGUUUCCUCCCUCGCACAUCCAGCCCUACGCGCGAAAGCUUAACCUACAUGGACAACAACGCCCUUCUGGACCCCUACGAGAUGUUCCGGACGCGUCUGGACCAACCCCCGCGCAAAGCGUCAGUUCGGGGCAUGGAAAAGCCCCCCUAUCACUUCAUCUCGGGACACUUCAUCCCGCCGCCGAAGCCCCGAAAGCUCACACUUAAAGCCAGGUUCGCCAGAUUCAAGACCAUGAUUAAGGCCUUCUUCACCAAGUACUACUGGAGUUUCGGGCGCAACAAGUGCGACUAUUGCGUGUGUCCUCCGACCUGCCAGUGCCAGAAAGUCAAGAGCCUGCUCAACAAAACCGCUUUUCUUGACGAUGAUGAAGAAAUAAACGAAGCUCAGUCGAGGGUUAAUAAUGACCCAAAGGAAAAAAAUUAAUUUCGUUUUAAUUAUUGUGUUUGCGAAAAAAUUGUUAUCGUUAAUCUUAAUAUGUGGGGAAUUUGCAUAAAAACUUGUAAUUCGGUGAAAUAAAUUCUGUUAUCUUUAUAUCUUCAUACGUAUUUGCACAUGGUUUAAUUUAAUUAUGGUAAAGAAUGAUUGUAUCUUGAGUACGCGGGACUACGAAAUGUCUAAUUUUAUACAGAUUAUUAAGUGCUACGAGCACGAUUGAAGAUAAUGUUGUGUUUGUUAAGUAGAGGAUGCAUGCAUUUUUUAUUAUUUUAGGUUUAUGUUAUGUUGUAUUAUUAUUAUAUGCAUGAAGAUUUAG